AUGGAUGCUUCUUUCCAGCAAGUUUCCCUAACUAUGGAUGAACCUAUGGAUGGUGACAUCCUUUAUGGUUUUCAUGAUGGGUCCGAGCUCGAGAGACAAAACACUGUCACAUUCGAAUUAUCAUGCAAGUGUUUCAUCAAUGUAUGGCGGUCGCGGCCCAAUCGAGAAUCCGGGAUCUCAGAAGGAUACCUGAUGCAGGUUCCCCACCAUGUACCGAGCAUCGAGAUCACGGUCACUAGAGAUCAAUUUCGCUCCCAUAUCGAUGAAGUCUAUCAAAUCUUCAGCAAUCAGCUCCGGCAAUGGCCUAUUACUGGUGAGGGUCGACGGGAUGUGACGAUAUCUGCAUUCAGUAGACAUUUUUCAGCAGAGAAAUACGAGGUGCCGGAUUCUACCUCUCAAGGAUGCGAUAGGCUUUGGAUACACUGUGCUUUCACACUCGUUAUCAGCCAAAUUACGGACGAAGGGAGCGACGUAGAGCGGGUGCAACUGCAGUCUGCCGAGGAAGCGGAGGCACAGAUGGUUCCAGCUGCCGAGGCAUCCAUUGAGUUGUCGUUGAAGAAAGUUGUGGUGGCUGAUGAUUCGGAAGAGACUUGCUCUAUUUGCUUGGAAGUGAUGCGCGGCAGUGAAUGUGAAGCGAUGAAGAUGUCGUGCUCGCAUGUUUUCCAUGGCGAUUGCAUCCGCAAAUGGCUGAGGACAAGCCAUUAUUGCCCCGUUUGUCGAUUCGAGUUGCCGCCGGAAAAUUAA